CGUCCGAAAGCAGAGGAGAAGGCAGAAUUGAAAUUAGAUGCUCCAAUUGAGGGCUCGACAAUGGCGGGGCACCAGUUUAAUAUGGAGGACUUCCCAGCACAGAUUGAUGCAUGAUUCCAGGAUCAACUGGGCCAGUUCAAGCAAGAUAUCGACCAGCGGUUCGAUGCAAUAGUGCCGCCGGAAAAUCGAGCUAGGAAAGGGGAAGCUCUCGCCAACGAAGUUCCAGCUGGAAACCCGAAUUUAUUGGAUCGAAUUGAGGAGAUCGAGCAGCGUCUAGUAGUUGCAGAACCCAAUCCUGAACGCCAACAGCGAGGGCGGCGUGAUCAGUAUGAGGCAGAACCUGCCAUCUCUCAAGGGAUCAAACUGUCCGUUCCAGUUUUUCAGAGAAUGAUGAAUGCGGCCACAUACCUUGAUUGGGAACAGAAGAUCAUUCUUUUCUUCCAAUGUGUUCAGUUUAGCAAGCAAAAAAAAUAGGCGAUUAUCACGUAUGAGUUCUCUGAUUAUGCUGCCCGAUGGCAGGAGGGAGCAACUUCAAAUUCGUCGACGACGAAAUUUGCAACCAGAGGUGACAACCUGGAAAGAACUACGCAGGUUGAUGAGGGAACAGUUUGUUCCAGGAUACUACCUGCGCGAAAUCCAUGACUCGUUACAGAGUAUUCACCAAGGAUCAAGGGGGGUUGAAGAGUACUACCGAGUCUAGAAUUGCUCUUACUGCAAGCAAAUGUUCGAGAGGACCGGGAAGCUAUCAUCGCGCGGUUUUUACAUGGGUUGAACUGCGAAAUUUGAAACGAGGUCGAGCUAUGGCCUUUUGUGGACCUGGAAGAAGCUGUUCAUAUAGCCUCGAAGAUUGAGAAGCAACACAGGGCAUCAACAGGACAAAGGUUUUCCCCAUCCACGAAUUCCACGACCGAGAUAAAUUAUCAGUUCACCUCAACCACGAAGAGAUGUGGCUAAAUUGGCCCCCAGAAGCAUUAAUCCGCUUCCCACAGAGCGAUCCGGAUCAAUCCAAUGCUUUAAAUGUCAUGGCAUGGUCCAUAAAGCCAACCAAUGCCCCAAUGUUAAAAUAUUGAUCCUGCACGACGGCGAAUACGUCUCCGACGAAGAAACAGAACACAAAGAGAAGGAACGAAGUUCGUUAGAUGAAGAGGUGGACGAAGAAAUUGAAGCUGAAUCUGGCUGAAGAGGCGAGACAAGUGACGACCUGCGAACUAACCUCUUUCACACGGGUGCCUCGUCAAUGGAAGCUGCUUAUCAGUGGUCGUCGAUGGGGGAAGCUGUACGAAGGUAAUCAGCCUUGACUCUGUCAAGAAACGUGGCCUGGAGACAACAAAACACCCUGAUCCAUUCAGCCUUCAUUGGCUUAAUGAUUAUGGCGCAAUUAAGGUUACAAAACGAGCUCGAGUCAACUUCGAAAUUGGUCCAUACAUGGACGAGCUCUAGUGCGAUGUAUCACCAAUGCAGGCCGCCCAUCUCUUGCUCGGCCGGCCCUGGCAGUAUGAUCGAGCUGUGACCCAUGAUGGCGGCUCCAACUCUAUAAAUUCAAGCACGACGGGAAACUUGUUCUACUCAAACCAUUGUCCCCGUCUGAAGUGCGAUUCGAUCAGCAGAAGAUGGUCGCCUUGAGAGCUCGCGUGAGUCGAGAACAUGGAACAUCAAGGCCGAGAACGUGCUUGACUCGUAUGGGGUAUAUGCUCACCGCAUUACCAAGGCCUGGGAUUCCUCGAUGGAUCAAGUGCGCGCCGACCUGUCCCCUGGUGCUGACGAAACAGGGAUGGAAAGAGGGUGAAUUGGUCGGAACGGUGGGGAGCGAAUCGAACGAAGCCAACCCUCCAGGAACGAUAGAUCUUGGUCCAGGAACGUGUAGCAAUGAGCAAUUGGGGUCGAAUCACGUCGACGCAAAAAGCCCUGAUUCGCGAAUUUUGGGCCAAAAUACGAAGGACAACGCGGCCGAGAAGGGUGAAUCAGUUGUGGAGAUUGGCGUUGAUUCAUCGAAAAUAAUCAACUGCGUUCGAUUCCUGGAGUCAUGGGGAAGGUGUAGAAGCCACGAAAAUGACUCGCAAAUGCCUGAGUCGAUUUCCCCCAAUUUUGAAUUGAGGCCGCCGGAUUCUGGGUUUACUCCGCCGGAUUCUGGAAAAUUCAAAUUUUAUGGUGGAGGGAAAAUUGCAACGAGCGUUAGGGGUCGAUCGAGGGGAUUCCAAGGCGGACAAUGGUCGAAAACGGAUACUGGACGGCAAAACAACACGGCCAAAUGUUCAACUACUGUGGAGUGCCAUGAAACGUCAAGUUGCUGAUUUGAGGCACUCGCGGGAGUUCAAAUUGCCGGCCGCAGAGUACUCCUUUUACGAUCCUUUCUGGGUCCAAUCAGACGAUAUUUUUAACUGCACGUGUGGACCAACUUUGAGGGAAAAGCUUUUUAAAGAAGGGGGUCCUGAUAUGAUUCCAUUUAGCCUCGUGUCCAAGCUCGAAUUGAUUUCCAAACAAUCCAUCAACGUUGGAAGGCUAAGUGUUCGACUUGUUUCGUGGUGCUUGCUUUGCAGGUUCGUGUCUUACCUCUCGGUCGAUGGAAUUGCAAGAGGAAGGGUGGGAAUGAGAGAUCAAGUGCUUAUAAACCACGUCGAAGGAUAGGUUGCGCGAAUUAAGGGGCAAAGAGGGCUGAUCAAGAGGCCUCAAGUUGUUAUUAUAAAACUGUUAAAUUGCCUAUUUUUGGCCAAGUCUAGAACCAGUUCGAGAACCCAUCUUUGGAGGCUUAUUCAAUUCAGAUGGGGCAUUGUUGAGGGGAGGGGAGAGUUGGGAUUUGAAGUACAAGACUCAGGGAAGAAACGAAUGAAGGCUGUUCUGGUCGAACCUUCUUGGAAGCUCUUGAUCGAGAGCUCCAAAGUCGCUAUGGAAGCUGGAUGGGUUGCUUGCGCAGGAAGAUAGAGGCGUGUGUGCUUUGUUUCCGUUAUAAGAAAGGAUUUUUGUUUCCUUGUUGAGUUAGAAUUAGGAUUAGUUUCCUUGUUAGUUUAGAGUCCGAUUUAGGUUGUUCAUUGUCCAUUUAAGGCCUUGACAACCUCGUGUAAAAGCAUACUAGAUUGAAUGACACAGUUGUGACUUUGUCACCAAAUUCUUGUGUGUUGGUCGAGUUCCAGCAGCAAGUUGCUUCGUAUCGAUUGAAACCGCGUCAAUCGUGGCCGAGCUUUGACUCAAACCAAUCGAGCCUCUUCCCAAGUGUGAAGUUGCACCUUUGGCCGUUUUUGUUUUAAGUUUCUAUUAGAAUUUGGAGCUCUGAUUUGACAAAGUUGGAGCUACGCGCUUCGAACAUAAAAUAAGCACCCCCUGUGCUCGUAUUACCAGGCGGGUCAGAUCUUCUCGCCACCCCAUAGUUUAACUUAUAGGCUAUAGUUAGAAGACUUCUUUUAGGGGUGAGCAUUGGGUGGUUGAACCCACAAAUUCACCAAAAUCAAUCCACAAUCGACCCACCAAUUACCAUGUGGGUGGUUCUUAUGGGUGGGUGUGAAUUGUAAAAUAGGUGACCGACAAAAGAUUGGGUGAGUGCGACCGUACGGGUGGGCUGUGGUUGACCCACGAUCCACCCAACCUUUUAACCUCAAACCAUCGAAACUCUAACAUAUAGCUUUUCAAAAAAUGAAACCCUUAAAAUUGC